AGACAAGACGAUAUUGUCAUCAUGUGCAUGCUUGCACGUGCGCUUUUGUGUAUUGUGUAAAACGACCAAUAUGCAUGAUGUAUCCGUAACAUAUUAAAAUGCUUUGUAGAUAGAAUAGAAAGAUAUAGUGAAAGUGUUGACAAAUUGACACAGCAAGCAUGCACGUGCGCUCAGGUGCAUUGGAUUAAAAGAUCUGUAUACUUGUUCAUUAAGGGCGUAACGUUAUGAAUUGUUUAUGGAACAAUUUUACACAUGCAUGCACAUCUUUUACUGCCACGCUUAAAAAAUUUAUGAAGUGUUGCAGGAAGGAAGACAUGUCAAAGGACAGAAAUCUUCGAAGAAACCUUCGAGGACAACAAAUUGGUCAAAGACAUGCAGAGCUCAUUGAUUUCAACAAACAACAUUUAAAACAAGAGAAAUACCAGAAUUCGACACGGGCAGGUGUACACACCUUAGUAAAACGUUCUGUCGCAGAUCCACACCAUGGUGGCAAUGGGAAACAAACUGAAUCGGUUGAUAUAAAGGACUUAAAUCAACCCGGAAGCCUAAAAAAUGGAAAACAAAACCAAAGAUAUAGCACAGUGUUGCCUAAUAUAAGCAAGAAUGUGUCUUAUCCAGAAUACGCUGCUUCGGCGUUGUCCAGAUGGGACCAAAAACAUAGUCUGAACACUAGGCAUCAGCACAUUACUGCUAAACAGAGUGUCGAAGACCUUGGGACAAAAGUUUGGAAUCAACCAACAAAUAGGAAAGAUAGAAUAUGCUAUGAGGAUAAAAUCAAAAUUAAAGCCACUAUACAUACGUACGGGACAUCAUCAUCUCAUAAGGAGAAAAUAUCGAGCUUUAGUAAUAACCUACACGAAAAAAGUAUGCCCAGAAGAGAAUUUUCGCCAAAGUACAAUAUCCAUGAAAAUGAUCAAGUAUACGGCAUUUAUUCAACCGGUGAAUCAACAGUUGAAAGAAGACAACCCCCAAAAGGUCUUCCAAACAUUGGAAACACUUGUUACGCUAAUUCUUUGCUUCAGGUAUUAGGACAAACACCAUUUCUCUAUGAAACAUUGAUUUCCAGUACUACAGACCAUGCCUUAAACCGUGUCGACAAUCAAAUGAAAACAACUGUUACUUAUGCUUUUCGGAACCUUUUACGAUCUAUGAACUCUGUGACGUUUGAUCCAAUCUCUGGAACCAUAGCUGAACUUAUGAAUAAAGUUUCAUGCAGGGAACACGAAUUUCGAAUUGGAUUCCAAAAUGACUGUCUCUCCUUUUUUCUAGCUUUGUUAAGUGAAAUACAUGAUGAAAACCAGGCAAAAGAAACAACACGCAUAUUUGAGAUAGAAAUGGUGGAUGAAUUUUCUUUUGAUUCAUGUGCACAUAAAGAAAUAACAGGUACCCAGAUUAUAAGAUGUCUAAAUAUCCCCUCAAAUUCACAUGAUGUAGAGGGAGGUUUGGAGACACUUCUAAAUGAGGAGGAAUUCGAUGAAGCAGAUGUUCCUUGUAGAGAAUGUGAAGCAGAUUGUACUACAUGUAGAAAAGGAAAAACACGAAAAGCAAUGAGAUUCUGCACUUUGCCAAAAGUUCUUGUAAUUCAGCUUGGAUGUUUUCAAGAGAAGAGUUAUGGUGGACAUAUCCAUAUAGCCAAAUCCAUGCGACGAACUUGCUUUUCUGAAAAAUUGAGAGUGCCUAAAUCGAAUGGAAGUAUUGUGAAUUAUCAUCUGUAUGGUGUUGUUAAUCAUCAUGGAUCAGUAUAUGGGGGUCACUACACGUCGUUUGUUAAACACUUUACACAUCACACAGGGCAUUGGUAUAAUUGCAAUGACAAGCAUGUAAGAUAUUCAACACUAUCGGAGGCUUUGGAUUCUCGUGAUGCUUAUCUUCUGUUCUACAAAAUGUGAUAUUUCUAAAUAUGAAAUUUAUUCAGCCACUAUUUUGUAGAAUGAGAGGGAUUUUGAAGUCCCAAUAUUUUCCCUUUUAUCACUGGUUAUUUAGAUAUACUGAUAUUAUAAACAUCUAUAUUUUAGUUAAUGCCAACUAUGUUAAACUUUACUUAUUGUUGUCAAUGUUUUCAAACCAAUUGUUUACAUUGAAGACAUUUAUCAAUGGAGUUGCUCAAGGAAUUUUCUUCACUAUUAGAUGGACACUUACUGAUACCUAUGUGAAGUGAAUUCAUCCUGAAUUGAAACAUCAUUACACUGUACACUGUCUAAGUACAUGUAUAUGCACAGGGCACUGUUGCCUUUGGUUAACACAAAAUGUUAAACAAGACAUGGAAAUUAGGUUUUUUAUCUCAGGCAUUAGAAUUUUUACACGUAUUUUCAAGUUCAAUGCAAAUUUUGCAGUUAGGACAUUAAUGAUUAUAAAUUUUAAGGCAUUGUGCUGUGAUAAUGUGUUACAGUGUAAAGGUACAACAUGACUUAUAGGUUUUUAUACGUUGAGCGUGAUAGGAGAAUAUUUACAAGGGAGCUUGACAAAGAGUGAAGCAAUGAAUUAUUCAACUCAUAAAUAAAUCAAAAAGAAAUUUACAACAUGUUUGCACUAUUCCUCAAGAUGAUAUCUCAUUUUUCCUUAUUUGUUUGUUGUUGUUUUGUGAUUUGUUUUAUUUUUUUUCUUUAUCAAUUUUCUUUAACUUUUAUUGUCCGUUAUC